AUGAUUUGGAAAAUAGAUCCGAAAGCGCACCGUCGCCCGAUGUGUCGAGCACUUCAGUGGAGUGUCACGGAUUUUCGUCAAUUGGAGCGAUCACAACUAUCGAGGUUCGCGCUUCCAUUAUUAACGGAGACAAGCCGCGCCAAACUCCAACUGAAGCUCUCCAACGACCUGUGCAACCGUACAAGGUGGAGCUGA